AUUUUUGUUGUUCUUAGAAAAUGGCAACAUUAUGUCCCGCCAAAAUUUCAUCUUGAGGAAAAAUGUAAACAUAACAUUGCAAUGCAGAUUGCGUUUUAAGUUUCUUAGAAAAUUUCUUUACAUACUUGUUAUAGUUUUCUUCAUACAGUUUGACACAAUGCUUGGAAAUGGUCAUGUAAUUCCUGGGACACCUAUAGCAGUAGAUAUGUGGAACCCUAAAAAUUAUCCACAAGCCCGGAUUUUUUUCCUUUCCCAUUUUCAUGCUGAUCACUUAGUUGGUCUCACAAGCUCUUGGCAAUUUCCAAUAUAUGCUUCUCCUCUCACUUGCAAGCUCUUGAUUCAUAAAAUAAAGGUAAAACCAUCUUUAGUGAAGUGUUUAGAGAUUGGAGAAGAUCAAUUUAUUCCCUUAGAUCUGGAAGGAAAAGAAUUGCUUACUGUUACCCUCUUUGAUGCAAAUCACUGCCCUGGAUCAGUAAUGUUUCUAUUCAGUGGUUAUUUUGGCAACAUUUUUUAUACAGGUGAUUUCAGAUAUAAAGCUGGAAUACUUGAAGAUUUUCAAUUGCCUGAAAUUGACGUUUUGUAUUUAGAUAACACAUACUGUUCUCCUAAAUGUUUAUUUCCAACACGUGAAAAUGCGAUAGAGAAAAUACUGUUGCAACUAAGUGAUUGUUUAAUGAACAGCAAUAGAGUGUAUAUUGGCCUUGACAAUUUGGGCAAAGAAGAUUUACUACAGCAAAUAGUAAAAGAAAGAAGAGCUAAAGUAUUUGUCAACCCAGCUAGAAAAGAAAUUAUGGACAUUUUGGGUUUUUCAGACAUUGUAACUAGUAACGAAGAUGAGACAAAUGUGUUUGUUGUACCUACAAAUCAAAUUAAUGGGAGGAAUCGUGAUAAGUGGAAUAAAGAUAAAAAAGCACAUGCAAUUUUAGCCACAGCUAGAUUUAGUGGCUUUGAAUUUCAACCUUAUUCUAAAUAUUCUGAUAUUCAUGUUAUUCCAUAUUCUAAUCAUUCCUCUUAUUUAGAAUUAAAAGAGUUUGUCAAAUUAGUUCAGCCAUCUUCUAUUAUUCCUGUUGUGAACAAAAAUGCCAAAGGAAUUUUUAACACUGAUAUAUCGGAUCGAGCAAACAUGAGCGUCUUUAAAAGAUUCCUCAGCAAUACCAAGCCUUUUGAUUUUACUAUUCCAGAAUCUGUGAAGAAAUCCAUGGCAGCUUCAGAAGUAUCAAAUGUUGUAUCUCUCCCACUAAAAAAGCGCAAAGUUGCUAGACCAAUUAAAAGACCUUUUAAAAAGCCGCCACCAGCUGCUGGGAUUAGAUACAUUGUUAGUGAAGACUCUGAGACUGAUUCAGACCCUGAUGCAGUUCACAUUGAGGUAGAUGAAGUUGAUUCUACCACUUCUAAAAAAUUAAAAAUUGUAUCGGAGGAUAUUUCUGAUUUUAGCUCCCCUUUAUCGGAAGAAGAUUCUGGUGAAUCGGAUGAUGCAUGGGAAGUUACUUUAGUGACUUGUAAAGGAGUACAAAAUGUAUCUCCUGUACAAAAAUAAUGUAGCAUUGCUGCGAGACUUAGACAUUAAAUUAAUUGAAAUGAGUUUAUACAUGUAAUGUACAAAAUAUAGAUAUGUCUAUAAAAAUUAUUUAUUAAAAAAAGAGAAAUAUGUUA